AUGGCACAACUGUUGUUGCCUGAAUACGACAUACAAUACCGGUCACCACCAGAGGAAUAUGCAGAAGUACAAAAACAAGAUUGCGGUCUAAAUGGCUGCUUUUCUUUAUCGGAAGUUCCAGUUGAAGAUAGGCCUGUUGAAAGGUUCGAAGACUGUACAGAAACCGAAUGCUUUCCGGUUGAACAAAUUGGUGAAAUUCGUACAGUUAACACAAAAGUUCCAAUGAUCAACGGCGAGUUUCUCAAAGAAUCACAGACUUCAGCAACAAUUCCAUCGUCAGCAUCAGUGUCUCAACCGUUACUUUACAAAGAAAAAAUGUUUGGCGAAGUGCCGAUAUACGAGAAAUUACCAUACCAAAACCGUAGAAUACCGUCUCUGUUUUCGUACCAAACCGGUAAGAUACCGCCUCUGUUCGCCUACCCAAAAGGUUGUUCAGCAGGUUUGUUCAGCUUCGGCUGUGUAGCUCGCGACGUUCCAAUUGACCACAGCAGUGUUUACAACUCGAUUAGACGGAGACGAUAUGAUUUUGCAUGA